CAAUUUUCUGUUAAUUUGCGGUCAACGCUGGCUUCGUACACGCUCGUGUCCAUUGGCGUUUGCGCCUUUUGUCCCCAUAUUCCAUAUCACACCAUAAUUUCCGCUGGCGAGUUGAUAAAUUUCAACGAAUGAAGAUAGUCUCAUAUGUGCAGCAAACGCCAUCGAAUCGUCAACGCUUGUGGACACAUUUCCGUUGCUUGUUUCCGCCGUCGGUGAAUGAAUGUGUGGCAGAAUUAAAAUUGAAAGGAAAGGAAAUUAGCGAUUUGCUAUGUGUAGCUGUGUUGUUGUAGACAAUAACAAAAUAGUGGUGAGAAUUUAAUGUGCUUACGGGCUGUUGUUAGUUAGUGGUGAGAUGAGAUGGAAUGAGGUGAGGUGAGCUGUGGCGGUGAAUGCGAAAGAGCAAUCAAGAAAAUUAUAAUGCAAAUACGUGAACAACACAAAAAAUAACAAAAAACAGAAAUUUAUAUACAAAACAGAAUAUGUACAACUGCAUUUGUAUGUAUGCCUGCGUGUAAUUGUAGAUGGGCGUAAAGCAGCAAUUUAGUAAAUAUGCCACGUUAUCUAUGCAUGCAUAUGAACUCAUUUAAAGCCACAUAAAUGCAUAUGUAUGCACGUGUUUUUCCGAAAUCCGAUUAAAUUUCUUCGAAAUAUGAAAACAAAAUAAUUUUUUUUUACAAAAAAAAAAACAAAAAAGUUAAUGUUAAAGUGCAUUGAAAAAUAUUAAAUGUUUGGAAAAACCACACAAAAAUCCAGGCAGACUGCAAAUGACCAACUCAACAAUUAUGUGUGGCAAGUGUGUGCGUGCGCAAAAAUAUUACAACAAAUAAAAAGCAAAUGAAAAGUCUUACUAAUAAUUUCGUUGGUAUGCCACUUUGUCUAGCGUCAUUUGUAUGAACAAUACUGUAAGCUCAAAUAAGGCAAAAAAAAAAAAAAUAAAUAAAUAAAUAAUAGCACAAAAAAGUUUUAUUAUCUCACUGUUGCAUUGGCAAAUCGUUCAUUUCUCGCUACUCGUCCAGUUCUGUCGCUGCAUUGUGUUUUAUAUAUAUAUAUAUAUAUAUAUAUGUAUAUAAAAUAACAAAAACGGUCGGUCGUGUGUAUUUGUGCACCUACUUCGUGUGUUUCUGUGUGUUGGUCAUAACGCUACACUAGUUAUUCCUGUCGAUUGUUGUUGUUUAUGUGCGAUUUCAAGUGGGUGUUGCUGUACUUUACAUAUUAAUGCAGAUGACUUAUGGUCGGAAAGUUACCAAUGUUUUUUCAACGCUUCGCUGUGUAUGUACUGUGCAUUGAAAGUGCAGUUAUAGUGGCGCACUCGCCUUUGCCGUCGCAUUCGGUUUUAUUACUGCGAGCAGCAGCAUCGUUACCAAAGCAGCGCAUCUUCAGCAGUUAGUACUUGAGAUACGUGAAAAAUAAGUAGUUCACAGCAACAAACACACUCACACACACACAUACAUAUAUCGAAAUGCCACCAAAGCGGCGACGUCGAUUUCAAGGAUUAUAUUAUCAUUCGUCACCGCCGAAGGUUCUACCAAUGAACGGGCAAGCAUCAAAUCAAGGACGAAGGAAGCGUGACAUAGACGAAUUUUCAGUAAAAUUAUCUACAAUCAGAAUAUGGAUGCACGAAAAGGAUAUUGGUAAGCUGACGCGCAUCUUGUGGGCGGGCCAAGGUAGUCGAUUAUGUCAACAGGCGAGCACAAAUUCGCGCGUCAAACGGUUUUUGGCCGCUGUGCCGUAUGUGAUGAAUUCAAUCAAGGACGUCCAUCAAGCCGUUAUCGACAAUAAUUUGGAAACGUUGCAGGCAAAAAUGGAGCCACCCGUGCCACCCGCUCUAAUUACCUGCCGCGACGCGAACGGCCUGAAUCUCAUACAUAAAGCCGCGGGUCUUGGCCAUACUAAGAUAUUGGAAUAUCUGAUUGGCAUCUGGCCGGAUGGUGCUGCCGAAACGGAUAUAACGGGUAAAACACCGUUACAUUGGGCGGCAAGUCAUAAAAAUAAUAUGCGCUGUUAUACGUUGCUCACGCAAGCCGGUUGCGAUGAGGAGGCCAUGGAUUAUAAAAUGAAAUCGCCCACUUACUAUCGCCACAAGCCGCAUGAAAUCGAACGUGCCUUCUUGGUUUAUGUGCCCGAGGCGCCACGUGUCUCACCAGAUGUUGCCACCGAUUGGGAGGCAUUGUGCGAGGAUACCAGCGAUGGUGGCAAGAAAUUAGAUAUUAAAAUACCAGAUACGAAUGGUUUUCAUGGUCGCUCCACUGACGACAGUAUUGAAAAUACCUCUGAGGUGGAUUUAAACGAUGGCAUAAGCGCCACCGAAGAAGAACAACCUGCCACGCCUAAAACUGCUGGCAAUGGCGAUGAAUCAGCACCAGCAACACCAGCAAAAGACAAUGACGAAGAAGCAGUAGUUGAAGUUGCUCCCGAGGAGACACCAAAAGAAAAUGGUGAAAUGGCGACAAGUGAAGAAAAUGGCCACGAGGAGCCAGAAGCUAAAGCUGAAGCUGAGCUCGAGGCAGCUGAGACUACCGAUGAAGCUGCUGCAGAGCCGGAAGCAGUUGAAAAUGCCGACGCUGAGGUAGAAGCCACAGCUGAGAAGACUAAUAUGAAAACUUUAAAUGAAACAACAACAACCACAACAACAACACUAAACGGGAGUGGAGAGAAAGCUGAGCCGGUAGAGGGCGAUAGAGCGGCGGCAACGACUGAGGAAAGUAAAGGCGAAGCUGGGAGCGAGUGCUCUAAUGCUGAGCAGAGUGAGACGACAGAGAAGGAAAUAGAGCAGACAGAGACAGUAGAGGAAAGGGAGAAAGGAAACAAAAGAGAGGAGUUGACUAAGGGCGAAAGUGACGGUGAUGCACAAAAAGGAACUGAGAAAACUGCAGAUGAUACCGAAAAUGAGUUGGAAAGCAAAGAUGCACAGAGAGAAAUUUUUUCUGAAAAACAUGAAACAGCGGAAAACGAAACAAUUGCAGAGAAAAACGAUGAGAAAAAUGAUGAGAACACAAAAUCAGCUGAGCUAGAGAUUGAACCACGAAUUGGUAGUGCUGUCGAGAAGAAGGAAGAUAGCAAACUUUCAGAACAAAACGAAGCAAAGGAAACGAAUGCGGUGGAAGAAAAAGAAACCAUGUCAGAUACGGAUGUUUAUAACAAAGAAAAUGAUGAGGAAACCGGCAGCUUGGUUGAGAACGAAACAGCAGUAGUAGCUAAUGAUCAGGUGGCUAGUAAAGAAGAGAAAGAUAAUGCAAGAUCAGAAAAAGAACUAAACGACAAAAUAAUUGAUGUAAGUGAAAACAAAAUUAAAUUUCAGCAGAGAGAAACAAUUGAAAAAGAGCGCAAAGAAAAUGAAAAGGAUUUAAAGCAAAACGAAAACAAAGCAGCUGAAAGCUUGAAAAACGAAGAGGAAAGUGCCGAUAAUGGUGAAAAGUUAAGUGACGAUAAAGAAAAAGAAGACAAUGAAGAGAAAGAAGCAACUGAACAUAAAAUAGAAAAUGAAAAAGAAGACACUACCGAAAAGAGUGAUGAGGGUAUAAAAGAGGCAAAAAAUGAUGAAAAAGGGAAAGAAAAUGAAACGAAAGAAGUAGAAACUGAUAAUGAGGUGAAAGAAGAAACAAGUUUAAGUGACGAAAAAGAUUAUGAAACCGUCAAAGAAAUCAAGUGCGAUGAAAUCAAAGAUAAAAACAAGGAAAUCAAAGAGGAGACAGAGAAAAGCAUAGUAAACGGUAAAGAAACAGAGACUAAUACAGAAGAAAAAAGCAUAGAAAAGGGUAAAGAAACAGAAAAUAAUACAACAUCCAACGAAAACACACAAAGCGCACAACCUGAAAAUAUAAUGAAAGAAACUCAAAACAAACAGGAAGAUGAAGCAAAAAGCACAACACAAGAAGCACCCACUGUAAACGAAAAGACUGAGGAGAAGGAUGUGAGUAACGAAACAAGGCAAGUAGUAGAAGAAACGAACAAAAACAACGACUUAAAUAACGAAAAUGCACAAGAAAAUGGCGACACAGAAGACUACACCGCACAAACAGACAAAGAGAACGAUGAAAGAUUAAGCACAGAGAAAUUGACAACAAUAAAAGAGCAUGCAAGUGGCGCAAGUGAACAGCAGAGUGUGAAAAUACCACGCUUGACAACAGCCAAACCGACGAGAGGCAAGCGUAAUGGCAGCGGUGCAAAACGUAACGGUAGUGGGAAGAACAAGCAUGAAGCGUUGAUUGAGGGCGAAGAACAAAGUGAAGGCGAUAAUGAUGAUGAUGAUGAAGACGAUGAUGAGGUACAAUUUGGCAUGCUCUAAUGGCACAUAAAGAAAACAAACUAAAAAACAAGUUGAUAAAACGAAAAUGCUUCGAAGCAUAAAUAUAAGAAACAAAAACGAAACUUUGCUUAUAAUAGAACAGAAAAAAUGCACAUCAAAAUCCUGGAAAACAAAAUUAUAACUCAACCUCACUUUUCUGCGCAAGUCUCACUUAUUUCUCACUGCGUAGCGAGAUUAGUUUAGACUUUGAAACGUGAAAAAUAGAGAUAAACAUUUUCCUUGCCAUUUUCAAUAGAAUAUUCAAGCAAACUCUUUAUAAGUUGUCUCAAAACCUAACCUAACUAAAUACUAAGAGUAGAAAAAUUUUAAAAUCUUUUUAAUUCUACUAAAAUGAAAAUAUGUGUGUAUAACCAACUGUAAUAGUUCUUGUGAUGUAUGCUGCUAAAACUAAUUUAUAAAAAUGUAGCUAAAUUAAAUAUCGUAUACGUACUAAAGUAGCCAAUGCACUACUCAAAUUCAUUCAUAUGUCGUAUUUACGUAUUUAAAAAAUAAUAGUUUUUCAAAUUUUACACACCCCAAUUCGUCUUAUUUGAAUGUUGAUGCAAAAACUGUAGCAAAUAUUUGAUAUGUUAAUUAAAAUUCUCUGCAAAUUAAAAGAGAGGCAAUUUUAUACUAGUUCUAAGCGCAAAAAAAAAUGUAUUUAGAAAAACCAAAUAUCAACAAAAAACAAACACAUUUAUGUGCUAGAAAAUUGUGUAAGUUACAAAAUAUUGAAAAAUAUACGUAUGUAUUUAUGAAUUAUUACUUAAUAUAUGUAAACGUUUAAACUAAAUUAAAAGUGUUUCGUAAUUGUGUUAAAUUGAUCCCUCACUUCUUCUCCUGUAGAGUACACACCUUGGUAGAAUAUAAAAUUGUUUAAUACAUAUAAACUUUUUCCACACCUUACUUGCACCUACUGGUAGAUCUUCCUCUUCUGCAUUUCCAUGUGCGUGAUAUUUCAUUUAUGUUGUGGAAAAUACAGUUGAUGGAUCGGUAGUUCUCCCCGUUUGACAGAAAUCUGCAAACAGCUGAUCUUCGUAUUGAAUAGUUUUAGAGAUGGAGAUUUUUACUUGAUCGAUUAUG